AUGGUGGACAAGAAGUGGCUGCUAGGACCGGGGCCACUGGAACCGAUGCCCCUGGACAUGACCUGCAAGCCCUGGCACAAAGACAAGUUCCCCUCCAAGUGUUUCACAAAGCACAAGAAGAUGCUCCCGAAGUUCCCCACCUCCCUGGACAGCCGGCGGUGGAUAUUUGUGAAAGAGCUGCUGGACGACUUCCAGAAGGGCUGCCCACCUUGCGAAGAUAUGAUCACUCGCAGCCCUAAGGAGGGCCUCCUCCCCGGGAUUGCUCACAGAGUUUCCCAGCAUGCCCCCGAAAAGAGUCAGAAAAAGCUGCCCGAGGAAGCAGACCUGCUUUCCACGCUCUCGCCAGCCCAGCUAGCACGGAAGGCAUUCGUGGAGAACAUCGAAGCCCACCUGACCAAGCAUCCCUUGGCUCUCCACCCGAAUCUGGAGGAAGGUCUACCUGCAGACCUCUUAUUAAGGGUGCCAGAAGUGCUCGAUCCUGACGGGAAGCUGGAGGACACAUGGGCUUAUCGUCAGGGCCCCAGGAAAAGAACGAAGUCCCCCACAGAGCUUCGCAACAAAACAUCCUGCCAAGGUCUACCCGGAACCUCCAAAGAAGGCUCCACAUCCAGCCAGAAGACUGUCACAUCCAGCCAAGAAGUACCGAAAGCGAUUCGUGAAUCCUUCAAGUGGGUUGCUGCUUUUGGAAACCUGGGCAUUGAUGAAGAGCUCAUCAUGAAACUGUGUGAGGUUGGCUGUGAGUGGCCACCAGCCCAGGAUACAGUCUACAUGAAGAAAGUAACCCAGCUCCCUUCAGAGGGAACAAUAGCCUUGAAAGAUCUCAUUCUACGCAAGGGCUACAGGAUACCAGACAUCCUUGAGAGGCUGUUCCUCAGCAAGGGAUGGAAAUGUGAUUCUGUUCAGACUCCUAUACACAAAGUGAUAAAAAUCAGCCAAAAUGGAGAUGAUGCACGGGAAGAUGUUCAGACAGACUGUGCGGAAAGAUUAAGAGAUGAGAGACAACAAAGGGAGCGAAGACCAAGUUCAAAGCGAGUGAAAGCUGGAGAGGUGGAAAGAGUCACUGAGACUCUGGAGGUGGUGCUCUGCUGUCAGACAAGUGUGAACGUGACCAGAAACAGAAAGAGAAAAGUGGAGAUCACUGGAGUUAAUAAGGUCCAGGAACCCAGUGAAGAGGCUGUCAGAAGUGUCAUUAGUAUGGGUGUCGAAGUCACUGAGGAGAGCUAA